AUGACUUCGUCGGACAACGACGAGACGGGCAGCGACCUGUCCGAGUCUCUGGAAGUCCGUGACCUCCAGAACCAGUACAUGGACCAAGGGAUCGGUUUCAAGUCCAAAAGUAUGCCCAUCCUCAAUGGACCCUGCCAGCAGGACUGCGAGGCUCUGGAGUCUCGGCUGGUCAACACCGCCUACACGCCGGUGUCCGUUGACGAGACCUGUGAGCUCCAGCCCAAAACGCCGGACUCGAGCCAGGCCGAGUCGCCGUCGUCCCGGGCGGAUUUCUCCCCUUCGUUCUCCAGCAUGGUGGGGCUCAGCAGUUCUCUGCCCGUGGAUGCCCACAGGGCUCCGGCGGGCUCCGGGGGCAAAAAGCUCGGCUUCUCCUUCACCCGCCUCAUCCGUGCUCCGGCCAGGAGGUACGUGCGGGUGAUCCUGAGGGACUCCCGCUGCUUCCUGUUCUGCAUGUGCUACCUGACCUUCAUCCAGUCGCUCAUGGUGUCGGGCUACCUGAGCAGUGUCAUCACCACCAUCGAGAAGCGCUACAGUCUCCGCAGUUCCGAGUCCGGCCUGCUGGUCAGCUGCUUCGACAUUGGCAGCCUGCUGGUGGUGGUCUUCAUCUCCUACUUCGGCGGCAGAGGCCAGAGGCCGCGCUGGCUGGCUGUCGGCGGCGUCUUCAUCGCUGUUGGGGCGGCGUUGUUCUCCCUGCCCCACUUCAUCUCGCCGCCCUACCAGAUCCAGGAGAUGAACUCCUCGGCGGGCAACGAGGGCCUCUGUCUCAGUGGCAACGGCAGCGGCCGGGAGCUGCUGGAUGUGGCGUCGUGCCCCCGCGACCAGGAGGGCAACGAGCACAACCUGUACGUGGCGCUGUUCAUCUGUGCCCAGAUCCUGGUGGGCAUGGGAUCGACGCCAAUCUACACCCUGGGGCCCACCUACCUGGACGACAAUGUGAAGAAGGAAAACGCAUCACUCUAUCUGGGGCAGAAGAGAGAUACAGGGGAGAAAGAGGGUGCAGAGUAUAGUGCCCAGGGUGCAGAGUAUAGUGCCCAGGGUGCAGAGUAUAGUGCCCAGGGUGCAGAGUAUAGUGCUCAGGGUGCAGAGUAUAGUGCCCAGGGUGCAGAGUAUAGUGCUCAGGGUGCAGAGUAUAGUGCCCAGGGUGCAGAGUAUAGUGCCCAGGGUGCAGAGUAUAAUGCUCAGGGUGCAGAGUAUAGUGCCCAGGGUGCAGAGUAUAGUGCCCAGGGUGCAGAGUAUAGUGCCCAGGGUGCAGAGUAUAGUGCUCAGGGUGCAGAGUAUAGUGCCCAGGGUGCAGAGUAUAGUGCCCAGGGUGCAGAGUAUAGUGCUCAGGGUGCAGAGUAUAGUGCUCAGGGUGCAGAGUAUAGUGCCCAGGGUGCAGAGUAUAGUGCCCAGGGUGCAGAGUAUAAUGCUCAGGGUGCAGAGUAUAGUGCUCAGGGUGCAGAGUAUAGUGCCCAGGGUGCAGAGUAUAGUGCUCAGGGUACAGAGUAUAGUGCUCAGGGUGCAGAGUAUAGUGCCCAGGGUGCAGAGUAUAGUGCCCAGGGUGCAGAGUAUAGUGCUCAGGGUGCAGAGUAUAGUGCCCAGGGUGCAGAUUAUAGUGCUCAGGGUGCAGAGUAUAGUGCCCAGGGUACAGAGUAUAGUGCCCAGGGUACAGAGUAUAGUGCCCAGGGUGCAGAUUAUAGUGCUCAGGGGGCAGAGUAUAGUGCUCAGGGGGCAGAGUAUAGUGCUCAGGGUGCAGAGUGUGUGAUCAUCGUGCCCAGUGCUGGGGUGGGCAUUGUGCUCGGGGGCUACAUCAUUAAGAAGCUGAAGCUCGGUGCCCGGGAGUCAGCCAAGCUGGCCAUGAUCUGCAGCGGCGUCUCCCUGCUCUGCUUUUCCACCCUCUUCAUCGUGGGCUGCGAGAGUAUCAACCUGGGAGGCAUCAACAUACCCUACACUACCGGUCCUACCCUGACCAUGACCCACAGGAACCUGACGGGCAGUUGCAACGUGAACUGUGGCUGCAGAAUCCAUGAGUACGCUCCUGUCUGCGGCUCAGACGGCAUCACCUAUUUCAACCCCUGUCUGGCCGGCUGCAGCACUGUGGGCAACGACAGCACGGGGAUCAGGAACUACACAGACUGCGGCUGUGUGCAGAGCAGACAGGUCAUCACCCCUUCCUCCGGCGGCCAAGUCAACCAGCUCCAGCUGGUCAUCGUCAAAACCUACCUGAACGAAAACGGCUACGCCGUGUCGGGGAAGUGCGACCGCACCUGCAACACCCUCAUCCCCUUCCUCAUCUUCCUCUUCAUCGUCACCCUCAUCACUGCCUGUGCCCAGCCUUCUGCAAUCAUUGUCACGCUCAGGUCUGUUGACGAACAGGAAAGGCCCUUUGCUCUCGGGAUGCAGUUUGUCCUGCUCAGAACUCUGGCCUACAUCCCUACACCCAUCUACUUUGGCGCUGUGAUAGAUACCACCUGCAUGCUGUGGCAACAGGACUGCGGCGUGCACGGCUCCUGCUGGGAGUACGACGUCACCUCUUUCCGCUUUGUCUACUUCGGCCUGGCCGCCAGCCUCAAGUUCGUGGGCUUCGUCUUCAUCUUCCUCACUUGGUACUCAAUCAAACACAAGGAGGAGCGAGCUGAGCGCUGGCGCCAGCGCCUGCCUCCGCUGGGCACCGUCAGCGAACUGAUCUGCCACGCUGGAGGCCAGAAGAGCCAUGCCCGCACCCGCUCCUGCCCGGUCUUCAUCCCGCCUCGGCCAGACCCGCCCACCGCCCUGCUGCUCAACCGGGGCCACAGCAGCCUCAGUUGCCCCGGUAAUGGUCUCAAAGCAAUAACCCCACCCCUCCUCCUGCCCAGUCAUCACAGAGGCUCCGCCCACGUCUGAGAACACGACAAGCCUCUGUCCGGGGCUCAUAGUGACAUGUGCCUUCCUGCUCCUGUUUCUGCACCGCACGGUGUCUGCUUAACAUCAGUCAGUCACCGGGGCUGUGCACAGCUCUGCCUGACAGGCACGCCUGCCAUACUUAAAGGGCUGGUACCGUCAGCGACAAAGGGAGACUGACGGAUGCUCCUUUGGACUUUGUUCUCUCUCUCUUUUUUUUUCUUUUUGUACAUAUCAUCAGUUGCAGCCACACAUUGUCCACAUUGAGUCAGGUGAGCGGUUUUAAGGUUUUCGGGCAAAAACAAGACAUCAUAUGGUGCUACUGUAAAAGUGUAAAAGGGACAGGGCAUUAUAAUCUCUUCUGUAUUGAUUGGUGGGGAAAAGACGGAUGACUCAUCAAUGCUGCGUCUAAAGCACAACUGACCAACCUGUACUAUGCAAGGUCCUAUGUACAGUUUCCUCCCUUCUCAGUGCUGUACAGGUCUCUCUAUGUACUCUGUAUCCUUAACCUCUUCCCUCCCAUAUCAUCUCCCCACGGCUGUAUUCAGGCACGUCCCACUCACUGAAUCUCAUCAGCAGCAAAUCACAUCUUUCCACACAGUGUAGGAGGCCCCGAUCCUUACAAGCCCCUCACAGUCGUACAUCCUGAGCCGCUCUCCGUGUGAUAUUGUCGGUGUGGAUCUGGUUGAGACCAGACGUGUUGUUUGUGUCUAACGUGGGCAAAAGUGGAAUUCCCCUUGCCCUCCCCCCUCCUCCCUUUUUCCUUAACAGUGCCUCUCAGACUGUCUUGGCCAGUCCAGUAUAUACAGUCCAGUAUAUAGCUAGCUUCCCGUUUUUGCUAGCUAGCCAAAAAGCCAAUCGCCAUCCUCUCAGUCGAGGGACAACAGUCUGCUAAACAUUAGUGUUUGGGAGCAGUCUUUACUGAUCUGGGGUCAGUGGAGGAAGAAGUGGGGUGCUAUGGAGAGGUGACUGUACAGUAUGAUGUGAGCAGGUACCCUUAUGGUACAGCGGAAACAAAGUACUCAUUGUUGCCAGUGAACAAGAAAGAAAAAAAAAAACCAUCUCAUAAACUUGUUACUAAAUUAGCCGGGCAGCCAGUUUGACGAAGGAGCAAAGAAAGGCGUCUUGUCUCUGAGCGUGAUGAUGAUGAUGAUGAUGAUGAUGAUGAUGAUGAUGAUGCUAUAGCUACUGUAGGUCCAACAGACGGGACCACACUUUAAACAGGAACUACCAAGGACAUUAAUAAAUGUGAUUCUUAUUUCUUGAUGAGAACAAGUACUGUACUGUUUUAACCCUGCUGUAUUGAACAAAUCGGGCUAUGUUUUUUUUUAUAUAUAUAAGAUUUCUCAGAAGAAGAUAAAUGAUUCUAUUCAGUCCUCUACAACGAUCGACGUGUCAAUGGACACAUCAUAUAGGCUUUGUAUUGUAAUGGCUUCUCCAUUUCAGUGGUCAUCAGAUGUACAUAGUACUUAUCUAGUAGUCGUUUAGGCUUCGGGGAAGAAGUGGUGCUGC